GCAUUUUACCGGAAGCCUACUCGCCUCCCUUCAAGCUGGUGAAGGACCCCAGGAUGUCCAUGCUCGCUGAGCCCCGGAGGAAACAGAAGUGGUCUGUUGACCCCAGGAACAGCGCCUGGAGCAAAGAUGAGUCCAAAUUUGGCCAGAAGAUGCUGGAGCGAAUGGGCUGGUCCAAGGGCAAGGGCCUGGGCAGGACUGAGCAGGGCUCCACCGACCAUAUCAAAGUAAAAGUUAAAAACAACAGCUAUGGGUUUGGAACCAGUGCCAGCUAUGAGGACAACUGGAUUGCUCACCAAGAUGACUUCAAUGAGCUGCUAGCUCAGCUGAACAACUGCCACGGUCAAAAUAACAGCAAAGACCCUCCACCGGAUGAACAGAAAGGCUUCAGCUUGGAAGAGAAAUCCAAGACCUCCAAAAAGAGGGUCCAUUACAUGAAGUUUACCAAAGGAAAGGACCUGUCCUCCCGCAGUGAAAAUGACCUGAAUUGCAUCUUUGGAAAGAGAGCACAAUCUACCAAAGAACAAGAGCAGGAGAGCACCAGCAGUGAUUCUCAGGCGGAGACGGAGGAGAAGGUGACUAUUGCUACUACCGAACUGGAUACGGAGGCCAUCGCCCAGACUGUGACCAGUACGCUCACUAUGCAGGAGUACUUUGCGCAGCGAAUGGCUCAGCUAAAGAAGGCUCGGGGACAGGACCCACGUGCGGCUUUCCGGGCAGACGCAGAGACCAGCGAGACGUCAACUCCAUCCGAGGAACCCAUCCACAGUAGCAACAAUGAUGCGGAGGAGCCCAAGAAGAAGAAAAAGAAGAAGAAGAAAAGGGCUACGAAUGAGUUGGAAGUGGUAGAAGACAAUUGUAGUUCUCCCAUUGUAGUGGAAGACAACGAGAACCAGGAGCAGGAACGUAAAAAGAAGAAGAAAAAGAGGAAAAUGGCAGAAAACGAAGGAGCUUCAGCCGAGAACUGCAGCUCCACCUCUGGUGUGGAGCAGAACUGUGAGGAGCAGCCUCCUUCCAAAAAGAAAAAGCUUAAAAAACACAAAAAGGAAACCGAGCUACUCAAUGGACACGAGCCAUCUGACGAUCAAACUGUAGAAUCGGAGGUUGUUCCGAAAAAGAAACACAGAGAGGAGGAGGAGGGCGAUGUUGUAGAGGUGGUAGUGCAGAAGAAAUCUAAAAAAAAGAAGAAGAAACAUCAAGAAUAGGUGGAGUCAGGGGUAUGGAUGAGUCCUUUAGUCUUCAAGCUCAUACUUAUGGAAAAUGUCUUAAGAGCUAAUCAACCUAAAAACCUGUUCAACAGCGAGAAGAAAAGGGGUUUGAUAUUUGAUCACGCUGCCCAGUAAAGCCAGUAAGUUGUACUGGUGGACAAACCAUGGCAGUGACUUUCUCAUUUGUCACAAAAAACAAGCAUAUAUAACCUCAAAAAUGUUAAAUUAUCGCUUCAAAUUUUCUAACGACCCUAUUUCUUUAUUCUCUGUCUUUACAACUAGAAUGGUAGAACUCAACCUCUGUCAAGGCAGAACAAUCUUAAAGUAAAAAAGAAAUCCUGGAUCAGCCCUUUAAUCCAAAUCCACACCAAAAUUGAAUUGGUGAACAGGCGAAGGUCCAAAGCCUCCACCCAGUUUUGUAGAAACUUACAUAAUCCUACAGACACAGGUGAAAACAUAACUUUUUGGGGGUUAAUAAUUUCAUGAACCUAGUGAGCUAAAUUUGAUUAAUCUGUGAUAUGUCGACUGAAUAAAAUCAAAUUUCUACUAUUCUACCAACUUUUUAAGAACCUUUCAGUCUGUCGUCUUUACAAUUGCUAUCAUUUUGUAUGUUUCCAUCUUUUUUUGCCAACAGCUAUUUUUUAACAGAUUUCUUCAAUCAAGAUCUCUUCAUAUUGUUAAAGCAAAGCAACACAGUGACAGUUUUUAGCUUUGGUUAAAAACUACAGAAGCACAUUGAAAUGAGUCUCUGAUGUUAUAUGAACAGAUGUAAUUUGAUGGUGUUUUGGCCUCUUUCUCAUCAGAUUCAUGAGCUGUAAGCAAAUCCCCUUUUAAAUAAAUCCAAAGGUUUAUCCAUG